AUAGUUAAGUAUUGUUAACCCCGCAGGAGGCGGGGUUAACAAUACUUAACCAAUCACAGCACCAUCUCUGGAGCGCCCACCAAAACAGUUUGAUUUCAAAUUCAAACCGCCCGGAUACGGAGGAUUGGGAACGUCUUUGUUUCUAAAGUCAACUAUAGUCAGAACAUGUCCCGCUUGCCAGUCAGUUCAAACAAGAGGGUCCUCACGAGCAGCUCCAGCAGCUCUGAGAAUGGCCAAGACUUGGCACCGGCUCAGAAAAAGACUCGCAAGGACCCAGAGCCUGUCAAACCUUAUGCAGCAUCUACCAUCAUCGGUACCAGGCGGCCUGCAGUUGCUGCAAUCAAAGCACCUAUUUCUCGGCCAGUCAGACCAACGGGAGCUGCUACUGUGGCUGUCGGUCCUUCCAGAGGGGUCCUGAAACAAGCUAUUGCUUCAACAGCACCAAGGGGAAGCAACAUUAAAGCAGCUGCUGCACCCACUGGCACAAAAGCAGUCACAGGCGGGGCUGCGGGCACAAAGCGUCAAGGAUGGGACCUGAAGGGCAAGGUCACCGAUAUGGAGAGUAAGCUGCGUAACUACCAGACCAAGGUCAAAUCUGUCAACCAGGAGAAUGAGGAUUUGAAAAGAAUGAUGGUCAAAAGCCAAACAAGAGUGACUGAUCUGGAGACGUGUGUGGCGGUGCAGAGGGGCCAGAUCAGUGAGUAUGAGGAGGAGUUGCAGGCGCUGUCAGGAGUCCGGGAGGAGUUAGAUAAAGUUUCGAGUGAGAAGAGUUCUAUUGAGAAGCAGCUCUCCAACUUAGAGGACAAAUACAAGGUCAUGGAGACUCUCCGGCAGAGCCAGGAGACGGAGCUGCACACUCUCAAGAUGAAGCUCUCCGUGCAGGAGUCUACCCUGUCCCGCUUGCAGCUGACCCUCAGAGACGCAGAGGAAGAGGUCCGCUCUCUGGGGGAGACAGUGGUCCAGCAGAAGGGCGAGCUUCAUGCUGGGGAGAUGGAGCGGAGGCAGCUCCACAACUCCAUCCAGGAGCUCAAGGGCAAUAUCAGGGUCUUUUGCCGAGUGCGCCCCCUGAAGGGCGGAGGCCUCAGCCAGCACCUUCAGCUGCCAGCCACUGACAACAAGACCAUAACUCUGGCUAAAACUGAGGAGUCUCACACAGGCAAAACUGCUGACACUCAGAAAAAUUACAACUUCAAUUUUGACAGGGUGUUUGGACCCCAGGCUUCACAAAAGGAGGUCUUUGAAGAGAUCUCUCUGCUGGUGCAGUCUGCGCUAGAUGGCUACAACGUCUGCUGUUUCGCUUAUGGCCAGACAGGAAGUGGAAAGACGUUCACCAUGGAGGGAGCCGAGUAUGAUGAGGCCAGAGGCGUCAUUCCCAGAGCCGUGAAACAAAUCUUCAGAGCAGCAGAGAAACUCGGAGCACAGGGCUGGGUGUUCACCUUUACUGCUAGUUUUGUCGAAAUCUACAAUGAGACACUCCGGGACCUCCUCUAUACCGGCAAAGCCAGCAAGAGGCCCGAGCAUGAAAUACGGAAGUUGAUAAACAACGAAGUGACGAUCACCAGCUUGACAUAUGAGAAGGUCACCAACGAGGAUCAGGUUCUCGGUCUGAUCGCGAUGGCAAAUCACAACCGCUCCACGGCUCAGACAUCCCAGAAUGACCGCUCCUCUCGUUCCCAUUCAGUGUUCCAGCUGGAUAUCGAAGGAGCCAAUAUUGGCAGGGACGUCAAAUGCAAGUCCACUCUGUGUCUGGUGGACUUGGCUGGCAGUGAGCGCUUGCUGAAGAGCCAGUCUCAGGGCGAGCGCUUUAAGGAGAUGACGGCAAUCAACAGCUCCCUGUCCAACCUGGGCAUCGUCAUCACGGCUCUGGCCAACAAGGACAUUCACGUGCCAUACAGGAACUCCAAGCUGACGUACCUCCUGCAGGGCUGCUUGGGAGGGAACAGCAAAACCUUGAUGUUUGUGAACAUUUCCCCAGAGCCGGACAGCUUUGGGGAAACGCUCAACUCGCUGAGGUUUGCCAGCAAGGUGAACGACUGUGUAAUCGGAACGGCAAGUGCCAACAAAAAAUAGACCAAACGCUUUAAAAAAA